AUGGACGCCUCAACUACUGUUGCGCCUGGCAUGGACGCCUCAACUAUUAUUGCUGCUGCUGGUAAAUUUUUAAAAGCUUUGUCUAAAAUCUUAGCUUUAGUUUUUUAGCGAGUCUUACAAUUAGGCGUUUAGAGAGGAGUGUUACGGUUGCAGCGGUUGCAUAACUUGCGUUUUUUGACUUUGAAUAUAUGCAUUAUGCAAGUGGGGAGAGAAGAAUAACACUGAAACCUUGUGUUUUAGCGCUGUCUUGGAUUAUGUUUGCAUUUUUUUUCAGAGGAAUGCGAAAAAGAGGAGAAAUUAAGUGGGAUCAAGUUCACUGUCUUUAUUCUGCUUCUGGUCUACUCAGGCGUUGUUUUGAUCGCCACCAUCGUGUACGCGGUCACCUUCAGACAUCACUUCAUUUGGCUCUGCCGGAAGAACAAGAUCGAGGACAUGAAGAAGAGCGAGGCCACCAUGCUGAGUUCCAUGACGACGCCCAGCGUCUCCACGAGUACCAUGGCCAACAGCAAGAGCAACGCCAAGACUUUGAAGAAAGACUCGUCCAAAUAA